UAGCCUCAACAGUAAAGUGUGCAACAAUAAUUAUUAGAUUCUAAGGUGAACCGUUGGGAAUAUCUAGGACAGUAAAGUAGCAGAUUAGGUUAAUUACAAAAUGCUGGUUAAUAAUAGAAUUAGGUGCAUUGUUCCUUUAAUAAAUAAAAAAUAUUGUUGAUCUCAGAUAUUACUUGUAAUCAUUAUUAGGUGCCCCAUAUUAUCUCAAACUAUCUUAUCAUAAACAAAAAUAUUGCGAUAGGAAACAAUACUGACAAAUCAAUGUAUUCAUUCGUCAUUUGUGUUUCUAGACAUAGGAAAUAUCCUCAAAAUUUUUGCUUCUAAAGAUAUUGACGAUGAUCUUUCCGAAAGUUCGAAGUCCGAAACAUCUAGCAUAUCAUCAGAUGAACUCCAAACAGAUAGUCCUGUAGAUUCAGUAAGUAAGAAAUUCACUGUGCAAGUACCGAAGUCAGAUAUUUUGGAACAAUUGAUAAACCACAGCGUCAAGGUACCAAUACCAAGGUCACAAUACCAUUUAUGAAUCGAAAGAACUGUCUAUGAAGAAUAAAGAAUAUCAAGAAAUAGCUAAACUUUUUAAGGACAAAAAUAAAAAAUUAUUUCAGAUUCACAAGAUAGAAAAAAUACACAAUCCGUAUCUGCUAGGACAAUAUGCUAUAAAGAAGAAACACUUAGAGAAACUGAGCAAAAAAAACAAAAGAAAAAUACCAAAGGACAUACGGUUAUUUCAUGGAACCGGUAAAGAUGAAAUGGAAAGUAUUUGUAAGACAAAUUUUGACUGGAGGCGCGCAGGUAUAAACAGUGGUCACAAGUUUGGGCAAGGCGUAUCAUUUUCAGCUACAGCGAACUAUGCUACAAAUUAUACUGAUGAUAAAGACGAGCUUAAGGUUAUAAUUGUGGCAAAAGCUUUGAUUGGAAAUACGUGUAUUGGAUAUGAUAAAAUGAUUAUACCAGAAGAGAAUUGCGACACUAGUUCAGAUAAAAAUGAGAACGUUUUUGUUAAAUAUGAUGAUGGAACCUUCUAUCCAGAAUAUAGGAUAUAUUAUAUGGGUAAUAAUCCUGACAAACUGAAUUAUUAUCAACAAAGAAAGAAGUCGAUAACUUUAAGAGACUUUAUCCUCGACAAGUUUGAGUAGAAAUAUAUAUUUAGUUGUUUCUUUGUUUUAAUAAAAAUUAAGAAGAUUUUUUUUCAUUAGCCUUCAAAAAAUAAACGAAAAUUUAAAAAAAGU